UUCAUCAAUGCCGUUGACCCCUACAUAGCCCCCCACCUGUCGUAUGUUCUUGUGCGUCUCGCACAGCGGUUCCCACAGCAGGGCCGUCUCCAGCGUCCUCCAGGGGGGUGUUGGCGGUGCUGCGCUACGCCGCGUCGGGGCUGCCUCCCCAAGACAGCGGCGCCGGCCAGCAUGUCGCUCCGUCCACCGAGCAUCGCCGGUGCGCCGGCCAGCGCAGUUCAACAUGCGCGCAUGGGCGGCACCACGGGCCUCGUCGCGCCAGGGCCGGGGCUGGGGUCUGGUGCAGUGGUAACAGCAAAAAAAGGCGUUGCACCGGUGCAGCAGCUGCAAAUGCUGCACAAACGCCUCGGACAGUUGUCGAGGAGCAUCCAGGAGCUUCAGAAUCUCAUGUUCAGCCAUCCGACCCUUGAAGAUUGGCCGACACUGUGCUCGCGCUACGCCACGCUCCUCUCGCAACUGCACAGCAUCACCGCAUCCCUGACGUCCCCCGCGCCGCAGUUCCUCUCUCACCAGACAACCGAACUAGCAAACCUUCUCGCGACAGAGUCCACCACGGCCAACCUGUACGCGGGCCAGCCGGUCGGAACUCUCCUGGGAGCAGUGGGCGUCGAGCCGGACCAGCUGCCGCGCGUGCGCUAUCGCGAUGCGACGACUGUCACUGCGUCUGCGCCAGGUUCAGCCUCGCCAUCAGCGUCUACUAACGUGCACGCUUCUGCAUCUGCCGUGCGUUCAGGACCAGCAUCAACAGCUGCUGGAAGGGCUACAGCGACAGCAGGAGGCGCGGGCCCAAGCGGCAGCGCGAUUUCCAUCGGGAACCCGCUCCCCGCGCUCGUCGUGCAUCCGGUGCAGCCGUUGGAAGACGAGCAGCAGAUAGCGCUGCUAGUGAAUGCGCUCCUGCGCACGCGCCUCGAGCCCGAGCUGGAAGCGCGUCGUGAGGCGCAGAUGCGUGCCGUUCUCGCGGACGGGCGCGCGCACGCGCGCGCCCGUCGGAGAGGAGGGCGCGCAGCAGCAACGGCCGCUGCUGCAGGAGACGAGCACGGAGAGGAGGGCGGUGCAGACCUGCUCAGGGACGUACGCAUGCAGGUCGAGGCACACGACCAGGUUGUGCUGACUGCGCUCCGCAUGUGGUACCACCUGGAGCGCGCGCCGGACGAGUUUGGCGAGACGUAUGAUUGGAAGAUGCGCAUCAGCGGUGGGGAUGACGCCGUUUCUGGCGACGAGGAAGAGGAGGAUGGUACGGAUGAAGACGGCCAGGAUCAGAAGCCGGCAGUGGCGACAAAGGACGGAGACGGGGAUGCCAUCAUGCAGGUGCAGGACGAGAGCGCGACCGCAGCGGUCGAAAAUGGUACCAGCAAGCUCGCCACACUGAUAUUGUGGAGUCCACAGCAGGCUGUUGCUUACUUGUCGCGUGGGAUCAAGCCCUCCUGAGAAAUGCGAUCAGGUGCAAAAUAUAUAAGAUACAUUCACAGUGCUCAGAGUGGCUGAGGCGAGGGUAUCCAGCAUGGUGUAUCGUUGUCGUCGUGAUCAUAUCAUCC